UGAAUGUUACAAAAACACAAACACAACCUUAGAGCCGUGAAGUUCACAUAUCUAUCAGGUCGACCUGGCAUAGACUCAAAUCUGCAAAUAUAGCAACAUAACAUAUUAACUUCGGAGCUACAUCAGGUGAAAGAGAUAGAACAGUAAUAGCAGGUCUUUGUAUAUCAGGGAAACUUUAUAGAACUGAAUAUUACACAGUGUGGAAGUUGGCAGUCCAUAUUAUAGUGUGGAUGUUACCAUUAAGGUAGUUAGCAGGUUAGGAAUCAAAAUGCCUACGAUUUAUUGCAGUAAUUUAUUCCCAGUGAUGCUACAAUUAAAUGACAGUCUGAGGGAGGCCAUUGAACGGAAGGAAUCUACAGAUAGCAUCCUCAAAUCAUUUGCCGAGGAAUAUAAAGGAGUCAAAUCAGAAAUUGGGCCUUACGAUCAGCUCAAUCACUUGAAGAUCCUACUCCUCAAUCAGGCAAUUCAGAACAAUUAUGAUACAUUUGUUGAGAAACUCCUUGAUACUGGUGGUAUUGAUUUGGAUUCAUUUCAUGGUCAUUCGUAUAAUACACCUCUAGCUAUUGCGUGUUAUCUCAAGAAGCCACAGGUUGUGAAGAUUCUACUCCAACAUGGCGCUGAUGUACAACAUACGGGGGCAGUGCUCAACUAUGAGAGUCCUAAACCUGCAUUUGACUUUGCAAUGCGACAUGAUGACUAUCAGUUCAUAGAGCCUUUGCUCGAGGUGUACCAUAAUAGCAAAGAUGAAUACAUGCGCUCUCCUACCAUUGUGGCUUGCCAAGAAGGAGCAUACAAAUGCCUGAAGAGACUCUUGCAGUUGAACCCCGACAGUGUUCAUGGUAAAGAUACCAACGGGAAGACACCAUUGAUGCAUGCGAUUCCAAGGGGCAUCAAGUUCAUAAAAUUGUUACUGGACAAUGGAUCAGAUUUGAAUCACGUUGAUAAGAAUAACCGUACGUGUCUUCAUUAUUUAUUCUCCACAGAGAAUUAUCAGUAUCCAUUCUGUCUGCCAAGUGAAACGGUGGAGACUUUGCAGUUUCUCUUGAAUAACGGUGCCAAGGUGAAUGUAUUGGACAAUCAGGGCCAGUCUGCCGUCUCCUCUCUCUGCUACCACAUUAAGGUAGGGGUUAGAUCUAUGAGGCCCAAUGCUGAUAUGCCGUAUUCUCUGAAGGAGGCGAACGCUAUUGUUGCUCAGUGUUUUCACAUUCUUGCCAAACAUGGACAAGACUUCAAUUUGGAUUCAAAUAGAACUCCCGUUGCUUUAGUUGUCAAUCAAAUACGAAGUGGUGUUGGAAACUUCAUCCGUAUGCUCAACUGGAGCGAUGAUGCCACCAAGAUAGAUGAUGCAAUGAAUGCUUUCGUAGAAACAUUAGAAUUCACAAAACGACUCCUGAAUGUUCUUUUCACAAAUGGCGCCACCGCUGAAUUCUCCAGUGAUCCCUCUAUGUCAUUAUUGACCCAGAUUGGUUUUACCUUACAGUUCAAUAGACGAUGUCCCCAAGACAACGGCGAAAUCCUCAAUGAACACUUGAUGGACAUAACACGUAUUUUUCUCCACAAUGGCGCCAAAACCUUCCAGCCAUUUUGUAGCGGGAAUCAAGACAGCCAUCAUUUUUGCUUUGGGUUGUUUAAUUGUAUCCUAAAUUCUCUCCAACAUGAUGACUAUUAUGCAAUGCUAAAUAUCCUUCUCAACCACGCUGCUACUGGGUAUUGCUCAUAUGACGUUGAAGAACUUCUUGCGGGAUUGACUUCUAACCCACGAUCACUAAAAGCAAUGAGCCGGUUAACUAUCUCGUCAAGACUUGCAGGGCACGAUAACAACGCAGUAGUUGACGCAUUGCCUCUUCCGAAAUCGCUUAAGAAUUUUAUAAAAUCAUUUGAAUGAAACAUUCACCCGAGACCCUAUGCUAUUUGCUUUGUCUCACUAUUGCUGUCGUUUAGACAGUUGAAGCUGUUGAUUUCACAAUGUCAUUAAAAUGUAGAUGUGACUAUGUUUUUGUACUAUGAGCACGUGUGUUAUAUAUUUGACGUGAUGCUUCAUCAUUACGUGAUGUCAUCUAGAAUCUAAUGAUUGGG